UUAUUCUUACAAAUAUUUCAUAAAUAUUUUAUAAAUAUUUUGUGCUAUCUGGGAUAUGUGUCAAAGGACGAACCUACGUUAAGUUGAUGGUACGUUAAAUAAAAAAAAAUUAUAAUAUUAAAAUUAUAUUAUGUAAAUAAUUAUCUAACAUUAAUAAUUAAACAAAUUUAUUUAUAGAGAUGGACAUUUGGAAAGAUACUAAAUUUCUUUUAACAAUUAUUCGAUGGUGUACACUAUGCAUUGCAUGGAAGAGAAACCGACGUAAAAGAAGAUUUUGGGUGAGACUUAUCAAUGAAAAUAGAAUUCAACAAGAAGAUUAUCUUGCAUUAUUUCAAGAACUAAAAGAUGAUAGUAUAAUGUUUUUCUGCUACACUAGAAUGACAGUAGAUACAUUUUACAUGUUAUUAGAAAUGAUAUCUUCAAAACUUCAGAAACAUCAUUGGAGAGCUUUACCACCUGAAUUACGUUUGUCUGUAACACUUAGAUACCUAGCAACAGGAGAUCAUAUACUAUCCAUAGCACUAGCAUAUCGUAUUGGAGAAUCAACAGCAUAUGCUAUUAUAAAAGAAACUACUGAAGCUAUUGUAAAUGUGUUAUUACCUUGUUUUGUGCAGCCGCCAUCUGAAACUGAAUAUAAAAAAAUAAGUACAGGAUUUCUUGAUAAUUGGAAUUUUCCAAAUUGUCUUGGUUCAGUUGAUGGCAAACAUUGCAUUAUUCGAGCUCCUUUACAAUCUGGUAGUUUAUACUAUAAUUAUAAAAAAACAUUUAGUGUAGUAUUAAUGGCUGUUUGCGAUUACAAUUAUAAAUUUACCUUAGUUGAUGUUGGAUUCUAUGGUAGUCAAAAUGAUGCAAGCAUAUUUUCUGAAUAAGAAUUUGAAAAAUCUCUUAAAAAAGGAAAAUUGAAUGUGCCAAAAGGAAAAGUUAAACUACCAGGAAGUGAUAAAUUAACUUAAUAUUUUUUUAUUGGAGACGAAGCAUUUCCAUUAUCAACAAAUUUUAUGAGACCUUUUCCGGGAAAAAAUUUAGAUAAAAAAAAAAGAAUUUUUAAUUAUAGAUUAUCGCGUGCACGAAGAACAGAAAAUGCAUUUGGAAUUCUAGUAUCUCGUUGGAGAGUAUUACAAAAACCAAUAUGUAUGCAGCCUAAUACUAUUGAUAAAAUAAUCUUAAGCACAGUGUGUCUGCAUAAUUUUUUAAAAAGUUUCGAAGAACAGCAACCCGCAACAAAUAGAGUUUAUUGUCCUCCAAAUUUUAUUGAUAAUAAAAUUGAUGGAAUCAUAACAAACGGUGCUUGGAGAGCUGACAAUGUACAAAUUCAAAACAUUCCGCCAUGUAAUGCUCGUCGAGCUACAAUUGAAGUUUAUCAAGUACGAAAGAAACUUGCAGAUUAUUUUCUAACUCCAGAAGGAGAAAUUCCUUGGCAAUAUGAAUAUGUAAGAAAAGGACAAAACAACGACAUAUUUAAAAAAAACAAGUUUUUAAUAUUAAUAUAAAAUUA